AUGGCACUCAAGGUGAUCUGUUCCAUCACCUUGCCGGGCACCCAGGUCAGGCUGACAGGCCUGGAGUUGCCCAGCUCCUCCUUCCAGCCCUUCUUGGAGGUUUCCCUCCUGACAGUCAUGUGCUAUGACCGCUACGUGUCCAUCUGCAAACCCCUGCACUACGGGACCCUCCUAGGCAGCAGAGCUUGUGCCCACAUGGCAGCAGCUGCCUGGGCCAGUGCCUUUCUCUAUUCACUGCUACACACAGCCAAUACAUUUUCCCUACCCCUGUGCCAUGGCAAUGCCCUGGGACAGUUCUUCUGUGAAAUCCCACAGAUCCUCAAGCUCUCCUGCUCCAGAUCCUACCUCAGGGAACUUGGACUCAUUGUGGUUGGUGCAUCUUUAGGUUUUGGUUGUUUUGUGUUCAUUGUUUUCUCCUAUGUGCAGAUCUUCAGGGCUGUGCUGAGGAUCCCCUCUGAGCAGGGACGACACAAAGCCUUUUCCACCUGCCUCCCUCACCUGGCUGUGGUCUCCCUGUUCCUCAGCACUGGCACAUUUGCCUACCUGAAGCCCUCCUCCAUCUCCUCCCCAUCCCUGGAUCUGGCCCUGUCAGUUCUGUACUCGGUGGUGCCUCCAGCCCUGAACCCCCUCAUCUACAGCCUGAGGAACCAAGAGCUCAAGGCUGCAGUGUGGAGACUGAUGAGUGGACCAUUUAGGAAACAUUAA